CUGCCUGUGUAUGCCCCAAACCUGACCACGUCUUCCUAUCUCCGGCUUGAUAUCUCACCAUGCAUCGGAGAUCAAGAGGAGUUAACAUCGGGCUGCUUCUGCUCCUUUCUCAAAUCUUCCAGGUCGGGAUCAACAACGUUCCACCUGUCACGCUGGCAACGUUGGCUCUCAACAUCUGGUUCUUCUUGAAUCCCCUGAAGCCGCUGCUUAGCUCCUGCCUCAGCGUGGAGAAGUGUUACCAGCAGAAGGACUGGCAACGCCUGCUGCUUUCCCCUAUUCACCACGCGGAUGACUGGCACUUGUAUUUCAAUAUGGCAUCCAUGCUGUGGAAAGGAAUUCAUCUGGAGAGAAGACUGGGGAGUAGAUGGUUUGCCUACAUCAUCGUCACGUUCUCCCUCCUCACUGGGGUUGUGUACCUGUUCUUGGAAUUUGCUCUGGCAGAAUUUCUAAAUGAGCCUGACUUCAAAAGGAAUUGUGCUAUCGGUUUCUCAGGAGUUUUGUUUGCUUUGAAAGUUCUGAACAACCACUGUUGCCCUGGAGGCUUUGUCAACGUUUUGGGCUUUCCUGUAUCCAACAGAUUUGCUUGUUGGGUGGAACUCUUGGCUAUUCAUUUCAUCUCGCCAGGGAGCUCUUUUAGUGGCCACUUGUCUUUCUUAUUAAAGGGACUGAUUAUAAGUUCUGUUCCACAAGAACUUAGAUGCAGGGAACUCCCAUCCUACUUUGAAUUCUCUCCUUGCUUACAUUUUGUGAUAAG